UGGCUUUUCUCUUCUGCCCUAAGGUCUUUCGUUUUAUCCCGAGAUCUCGCGCUUAUCCUCAGAAAAUGAUGUUUUUAGUAAUCUUAUGGUGUUCAUUAAUAGCGGCAAGUUCCAGCGAAGCAAAAAGAAAAGAUGAUCUGGAGAUAGUUGUUGAGUACAAACCAGCAAGUUGCAGUAGAAAAGCAAGGACUGGUGAUGUUGUAUCGGUUCACUACACGGGAAUGUUAGAAAAUGGCAAGAUGUUUGACUCAUCAUUAACAGAAGGAAGAGAGCCAAUCAAGUUUGAAUUAGGGAGAGGAAGAGUAAUUAGAGGCUGGGAAGAGGGAAUCAAAGGAAUGUGUGUUGGAGAAAAGCGCAAGUUGAUUAUUCCACCACAUUUAGGUUAUGGCAARCAAGGGGCAGCAAAUGUCAUUCCACCUGAUUCAUAUCUGAUAUUCACAACRGAGCUCAUUAACAUUGAUCAAAAACCAUUCCUCGAUUUCAAAGGCCUUGCGCAAAUCAUAACCUGGCCUGCAUUGGCUGUUAUUCUGGUCUAUUACUUGUACAAGAAGGCAAAGGAUCAAGUCAAGCCAAAGGCCACGAAGGAAAAAAAAGAACAUGCUAAGAAGAGUAAACGAAGAUAAAUCCAGCCAGUUCGAUACUGUGCAAUAUCAUCUAGGUAGUACUUAUUAGUAUUUUUUAAUUCAUUGUCUCAGCAGCAAAUUUGUUAAAAGGUUUAAUAGGUUUUUUCUAACUUGGUCAUGAGUUUUCCCUGCUGGAAGAGGCUUCUUUUUUCCCCUACUUUUUUUCAAUCCCAGCAAAAGAAAAAAAAACUCAGUCAGCAAGCAGGGAAUCAUGGAUUAAUCACAGCUUUGCAUUGAAAUAAUGUCAUAAUACAGUAUUUAAGGUAUUGCUGUAUUUUGCAUCCCUUAUCACCACCACCACCAUCACCACUACCACAACCAUUAUCAUUGUCAUCAUGACCACCAUCAGCAUCAYCCAUCGCUACRAUGCAUGCUCCCACAUUUAUCACCAUCAUCACUUUCAUCAGCAUGAACAUCAACAGGACCAUCACCACUACCACAACCAUCAUCAUCAUCAUGACCACCAUCAGCAUCAUCCAUCGCUACAAUGCAUAUUCCCACAUCCAUAACCAUCAU